UUUCAUCUCAUUUAACAGUCACCGUGAUCAAGAGUUUCAUUGUUUUGUUUUCUGCUUUCAUAAAUUUCGAAAGGAAAAUACCUUAUGAAUGUGAACUAUUGUUAUACAUGUGCAUACAAUUAGAAUGAAAUGUUUUUUUAUGGAUUUUAACGACUAGUUCAUCAAAGGGUGCAACAUUUCUACUUUUGACCUAGAAACGUGAAAGAUGUUUGUUUCAAGCAAAUGGUGUUAUUUACUUCUAGCAUUGUUAAAAGAGACGUUUUCAGGCAGAUCAUACGACAGCAAACUUCCAGCAAAACAUGGUAUAAAAAUAAAAACAAGUUUUACAAAUCAUCAGUUACCAGGGCAAAAUUCAGAGCUCAACAUGGAGAAAUAUUUUGAGGAACCAUAUCAGAUCACUGUUAACAGUUCAAGUCCAGCAGUUUUGGACUCUGUCAUUAAAUUUUCAGCUAAUAUAUCAGCACUUGAAAAGGUUUUAUCUUAUAAAACACUCUAUGUAUAUUUCUGGGUAAAUACCGCCAACAAGAACACAUUAACAUCCGAAGCUAACUACACGUCAAGUAUUGAUAUAGAUACAUUUUUGAGUUACGCUGUUAAUCCUGGCGAAUAUCACAUGAAAGUUACAGUUUACAAGAAAGAGAAAAUAUGGCCUUUUAACAGACAUGUAAAAAUAGGCCAUGCUGCAACAAAGUUCAUACUAACAGAGUUUUUAAAUGGAAAACUGACAAUCAAACAGCAACUCAAUGACAAAAUGUAUGUACAUAACCAAACAUUUGCAACACAAAAGCCACUAAAUCUGACGUCUGUUUUGACAGAUGAAUUUGAGAAUGAUUACACAUAUGCUUACAUUUGGUUUGUAAAUGGAACAUUUCAAGAAUGGAAUGAAACUUAUUCUAACAUUACAUAUAAUGGUAUUACACCUGGAAAUUUAAAUAUUACUGUCCAAGUUAAAGCAUCCUUUGAUUUUCUCCUGAACAAAAAAGGGGUGUUUACCAAGUUCAUCACUUUGAAGGAUGAAAUCAACAUCAACAAUAUUACGGGUGAAAAUGAAGUUUGUGAAGGUCAACAUAUGUAUGUGAAUGUUUCUUACAAUGGAAGCAAUCCAACAGAAAUAUGUUGGCAUGUAAUGCAUGUAAAUGAAAGUUUUAACUGUACAUGGCUAAAGGGAAACGAAAACAGAUAUACAAUAGACUUACCCACUGGCCAUGAGGAAGGCACAUACAAACUAAAUAUUACCAUGAAAAAUGAUGUUAGUUUGGCUUAUGCUCAGAUAUCUUUCACAGUGAUAAAUGGACAUAAAGAACACAAGAUCUCCAGUGUGAUAACAGUGUCAAUAACAUUUUGCGUGGUUGGUCUUAUAGCAACAGUGGCUGCAUUAGCAUAUUCACUAAAAGUACGAAAAAAGUCUAACAUUACUGAAGUAGCUGAUUUUAAUUUCCAUCCACAUAUAAAGAAUGGACCAAAAAUUUCCACAGUGAUGAAGAAUUUAUUAUAUGAGUUUUUAGAGAAAGAUAGAUUAAAUAGGAGACAAAACAUUUUAAACAAACAGCAAUCAACAGUCAAGACAUAUGGCACUAUUGAAUCGUCAGACGAUGACACGAUGCUCUUAUACAAUCUGUGAUAACUUUUUUUGUAAUAGUUAGUAUUGCUUAAUAUUUUCAUACCAUUUUACAACAUAUGUAUUUAAAUUUUGUGAACAGUCAAACAACGGUAGUUAUGCCCCGCCUAUUAAAGAUAGUAAUGUGGCAUUAUGUAUUCUGGUUUGUCCGUUCGUCCGACUGGUAGACAGGUUAGUUUUAGGUCAAGGUAGUUAAUCAUUAAGUUGUAUUCACAUCAACAUGACAUUACUACACAUGUUGAACUUUAGAAACUUUAUGACAAAUUUCGGUUUUGAACCAAAUUUCACGGUUCACUAUAUACAAUUAAGUAGAUGUGUAUGAUUGCAAAAGAGACAAAUAUCCACCAAAAAAAAAAUGAGAAUGUAAAUAAUUAAGGUCACUCUAAACCUCGAAACCAAUACUGUAAGCUAUAAAAGGUUGAAUCUUCACCCCAAAAAGCGACUUGGAAAAUUGAAAUCAGAGAACAAUGGCAAUAUUUUAGUGAUGGCCUUUCCUUAUUUAUCUGGCAAACACUAAUUACAGAGUUGUGAACAGUCUGAAAACCUUCUUGACUCUAUAACUGCUAAAUGUGUUGUGAUGAAUAUAUGUCAACUAUACGUCCCCAGUAAAAGCUAUAUUAUGAAAAAUCCCAAACAUUUUGAUUUUGGCAGAAUUGAUCUUCCUUAAGAAUGCCAUAGGCAAAACUCCUUUCCUUUAAGCUUAGCACCUUAGAUCUUUGUGUUCAUUUAGGUCCACCGACUAUGAGGGCUACAGAAAACUACACCAUGCAUCCAUGGGUCUUAGAGGAUGUUCACUUAUCAAAUCAAAGUUUUUUUAAUGAGCACAGUGACCUUUUCCUAUGAUUCAAGCCACAAACCAAAUUUAUGCUAGCUUCAUAAUUGUCAGUAAGCAUCAGUGUGGUGCAGCUUGUUUGCACAUGUUUGCAAAUAAAGGACACUCUUUGCGUUUUCUGAAACAAAUAAGCAUGGUAAGAGAGUGUUAUUAUAUGUACAAUCAGUCACAAAUUUUACACUUUGCAUAGUAAUUAAUUACCAGACAUUUUCUAAUAGCUUGGAACUACUUUACAUGACUUAAUAACAAUAAAUGGAUAUAUAUGAUAGUUGAUUAAUGUCGGUGCAUGUCCAAUGGUGAACCCUUUCAAAUUUUACAUUUUGAUUUUUUUGAAACUACAUAGUUAUCAAACUGUGCAUACAAAUGGACAUGUUGUUCCAUUUCUGAUGAUAGUUCAAGUUUGCUUUGACCAAACUUUCCAAAAUUUUAUACAGUUUAACUAUCCUUUAUAAUAAAUUUUCUUUUUUUUUCAAAUUUAGAGUAAUGGGACUUUGAACCUUGAAAAAAUGAUUAUAUUUUUCUAUAUCUGAUGACAAUUCGUUUAAAUUCGAGGAAUUCAAGAAAGUUUUCUCUGACCAAAAUUUUUCAAUUACUACAAUUUUCCUUUGGUAUUUACAUUUCCGC